CAUAAUUUAAUAUUCCAAAUAGAGUUUGACUUCUGACCUAGAAGACUACAAUGAUAAGAUACUACUUACAUCUACUGUAUUUUAACCAGUGUGUCGUGCCAGCGACUUGUGGCGUAUGAUUAGAAUUUCAGAUUAGUAAGACAGUUCAUUAUCAAAUAAUUCAAAAACAAGAUGGGAAAACACAAAAAUGAAAAGAAGAACAAAAAGGCAGGUGGCCCUGGCAAGUCGACCAGCACGUCAACCAAUGCCGCGACCGCUGCUCAUGGAGGAAGUGGCCUGUUAUCUACUUCGGAUGGUGGUGCAUCAGGGAAAGCAAGCUUUCUCCAAGGGACUACGAAUUCCGCUCAAGCACAACUAUUGUUAUGGACGAGAAGUGUGGUUGUUGUGCAGCUAGAGGAUCAUUCAGGAUUGUCUGUAGAUUAUAUUGCGGCUGUUUUUAGGUAAGUCUCUGUGCUUCAGAAUACAACAAAGACAACAGGACCACAGAUCGUCGAAAGGAACUGAGUUAUCUUCCCUGAGUCAUCUUCCUAAUGAUCCUAAGAAGUAAGUCACAUUUCUUUACUCGUCCUCUAAUAUCAGCUACGAUGCAAGGGUUAAUCUCAAAACUGCAGGAACAGUCAGAUUCGACCAAAGAAAUGGCGGAUCAGUACCUAAGUCAGGGUCUUUUGACCGAAUAUCAGACAGCCAUCGCCAUGAAAGAGCGCAUCGAUGAAAACCUGGCGGCAGUGAGAGCAAAGCUUGGAAUUGGUGGAGGAGCCGGAGCGGGGAGAAUGACAUCCUCGGAUCCGAAAGCGAAAAACAGUCAGACGAGUCGAGAAGAACCGCCUGCUAAAAAUGUUGGAGAACAAGCACAAGGUGCAGGAACUGCCAGUACCAAAAAAGCAACUAGUCCUGCAGAUGACAUCACAGCAGGCAAGAACAAGGAAGACGAGCAGACGAAAGCAAGGCUAGAGCAACAUGUGGGAGUAGAGUCGAACUCGAAGCUGGAGCAAAAGCCUUCAUCUCCUACUGCUGAAACCAAAAGCAUUUGGAGUCAUCCUGUUCGCGACUCAGAGACGUCAUGCGGUGCUACGGAAUUCGACGUCGGACAAGCUGAACAAGCAGACGCAACGAAACAGUUGCAAAAACCUUCAUACCGAUUUUUGUCUUCGUCAUCGGCAACCUCUCUUGUUAUGAAGAUAACCGAGACAAAGUUGCAAGUUCUUGCAACUGUAAGUCCUCGAAGUCCUAGAAGAUCAUGAAGCAUUACAUGAUAGAGAAACAAGAACCGCUUGAAGAUGUUCUAAGCGCUGAAAGAACUGCUGCUCACUUAAAGAUCUCUUCUAAAAACAAGCACCACACGGUAGCUGCAGAAGAGCUAGAAAUUUUGGAGGAGCCAAGAAGCGAAGAUGCACCAGAUGUCGAUAUUUCCGCUGAUUGGGUCAAAUUGCGAUGGCCUUCCAGUAUGCUUCAACUUCCUCUCCGUCCCCCCUGUGAUCCUCAAAAAGCUAGAGUUACCCGCAAGAAAAAAACUGGAAAACUGAAAAUCGAACUCCAACAUCCGCCAGCAGAGAGUGGCGUUAUGAAGAGAAGUGCUGCGGGUGCGACAAUGUGCAAGUCAGUGUCUCUCUUGAGUAAAUGAAAGUGCCUUUCUUCAGGACCACAACCUAGUAGUGCUCCUUUCCAUGUUGAUUUGAAGAAAGUAGAUGAAGCGCUCCUUCCUCUUCUAAAACCACGACGGAAGUGCGUGCAUCUGCAACUCUAGCCAGAGAGUUGGCACCGCAUCUCGACAACCCAAAGCGUGGCUUUGGUGCUUUAGAUGCUUUCCUAACCGUACCUGUUGCUGACCUUCUUCGCAGACAAAUCCUACAAAUGUGGAGAGAUGGCUUGUUGCUUCCAGGGGAGAUUGAAGUUAUGUACCGAAUAAGCGUCACUCAUGCCAUGGCGCUAUCGGUGCUCCUCUGCCGCGUCUCUACUCGGGUCGCAGCGGAAUCAGGCAGCGUAAGUUGUCACGUGGUUCGCAAAUGAAUGAAGAAAUGAGUGAAUUUUUACCGCGAUGAUCAUGACAAGAAUGACGCUGAAGAACAUUUCGACUUCGUCGAGUAAGUAUCAUGAUCCUUUUGAUACUGAGUAGCUCUACUAAAUUUUCGUUGUCAGUCCUCACUCCCACUCGUCUAACAAAUGUCCAGCAAAAACGGGGUCAACAAAUGCAAAUCCAUCACCUUCUGAAGCAAAACCCGCAGUUGCACCACGUUCCGACGUUUACACGCACAUCGACGAGCAAAAACUGAACGAGUCAACACUACGCGUAUUCACUCAAGCAUUGGACAAACUCAUGCUUGAACUAACUGGGAGUUGUGCGGCUCUGGAAGGUAAGGGUGAAGAAGAUACCAAUUUAGAGAAUGGCCUCACGUGUCAAUCUGUCACUUUGUGACUCAAGCACUUGAAGCAAAGACUAGUGCUCUGGCUCUGUUGAAAGUUUGAAGACCGUGUCAAGGGAUCAGCCAAAACCAAGCAGGCUCUAGGGAACAUGGACUAUAAUUAUUUUAGAUUUACGAAUUACGAUAUUUAGUUGACGGCAGCUUGCUUUUUAUUAUUUUUUACGUGCGCCUGACGCUGAGUGAAAGUGAAAGUACGUUUCUCAUCUAAAGGCCGAAAAAAGCUGAUGCGUGGUCGACCCAUGGUAACAGUGUAUCACGGAAAAGGAUCUCGGUAUACACCUCAUUUCGACUGUGUUGGAGGAGACAAUGGGCGCGUGGCCACAUGCAUACUCUACCUCAACCCUUUUUGGCAAGUGGAGCAUGGAGUUAAGAAGAUGCUCCUAAUAUUCUUUCUCUUUCAUCAUCCAAUAUCUCAACCUCAUCAUCAUCAACAUGAAUUUGAAGAGAACCAAACAAGAUGCAUCUAAUCAUCGCUGUCUCCGCUUGUGGCCUGAAGCACGACGCAAGUUGCAACCGGAGGGACCCUGUUUCGAGAUUGAGCCUCUGCAUAGUCGCCUUCUCGUCUUCCUCUGCGACUCCCGCAAUUUGCACGAAGUAAUGCCGAUGCAAGGAGGCGCAGGCGAGCCUCGAGUAGCGGUGUCGUGUUGGUACUACGACACAGAGAAGAUACAGGAAGUGGAAUGUGAAAACUGAAGAUGAAGACCUUCAAGGAGAUGAGCAUGGUCUGCUUGAUGUGAGAUGCGUCUAUUCGUUGAGUUCUUCAAUGGCGAAUGGAUAUGGAUUUCGCUUGUGUUUCUACUCGUUCAUGUUCUUCUGUCAUCUGAUUUGAUUUGAAUUUGGAACUGGAAGAGCAAGAGACAUCGAUACGGUCACGAUGCAUCAUAUUGGAGUUUUACGAAGUAAGAAGAUGAGCCAGGAGACGACUACUUAGGAAUUUCUCUACUGCAUAAAAUCUUGGCGUCCACCAGCAUCUGAUGGUAUGCGGAGACUGUGAUGUCUCGCUUCGGGGCUCUGAGGAGAAGGGAAGACAACAAUGGCGAACAAUAAAAAGGACAAGCAUACUCUGAG